AUGGAUCUGCUCGAUAGCAUUCUCACGUCAAUGGAUAAGACGGCAACCCAACGGGCUGCUGCGAGCAGCAAGCAAGAAAGAGAGGAGCGAGCACGGUUGCAGAGGCAAAAGAAAGCGGAGCAGGAGGCGCUUGUCAAAUGGCGAGCGCAGACGGAAGAUCAGAUGCAGCGGUUUACCGAGGACGAAGCACGGAAGAAACUUAUCUUCCCACCACUUCCCAAGCACUACCGCCAAGUCCUACACGAGAUAGCCGAGAGUCACGAGCUGGCGAGCCACUCCUUUGGCAAGGAAGAAGAGCUGCCGGGGCGGUACUCAGUGGUAUUCAAGAAGGACGUAGCACCAUCGCCAGAUGAGAUCAGCGUCAUCGCCUCGCAAGUGGGAGAGGGGACAACUGAGAUAGACCUGGAGCAGAUUCUCGAGAACUCCAAGGCCGAGGCUGAAGAGCGCAAAGCAGAGUUGGAGCGAAAGAAAGUGGAGCUGGCCAAGCGAAAGAGUGCUGCGAAAGAUACACCAACGUCUCCUCUUCCUUCGGCAGCUUCGCCCCAGAAGAACUACAGGGAUGCAGGGGCGUACGCUCGUGUGCUCCAGGGAUCGAACUCCUUGUUCGUGCUGAACACACAAAAGAGGGAUAGGCGAACGAUUGAAGAGAUUCAAAAGGACAUGAAGACCAUCAAGAGACCGCGCACAGAAGGAGAGGAAGGAGACGAACGGGAAGAGGCCAAAGACGAAGAAGAACACCAAGACCGCGAAGACGGUGCUGGCGAUGAAUAA